AUGCGAGAUGGGCAGCAGGAGUCCAAACCUGCAAAGGGCAAGGGCAAGAGUGGCAAGAAGAAUCGUUCAGGUAGUGCUUGGUGGGGCCACGAGGGAUGGUAUGCGAGUGGAGGGGACUGGAGCGAAUGGAAUUGGGGCCACAUGGGCCACCCAGGAACGGAUGGAUGGUGGGGCUGGGGCCAUGACGGCAACCAGGAAUACUAUGGCCAAGCAGGAGGCUCCUCCUCGUGGAAGGGCCGCGGCAAGGCCAGCCGACACGAAGGACGAGGAAGCAAGGAUGGCAAAGAAGCCAACCUUAAUGCUUCGCAGACACCACCUCAGACUGUGGCUCCGGUUCCGGCUGCGAAAGGCUCUGAAGGAUCCAAAGCAUCCAAAGCCUCCGGAGAGCGGUGCUUCAAAUGGCAGUGA